UUUUAUAAUCGAAAGACAUAACCGCUGUUUACUGCUACAGUUAAAACUUUAUUAUCUGCGAACGCGCUAUACCGGGCGAGCGGUUUUGCCGUGCCAAACGAAAGAAAAUUUCAUUUUUCAAAAAUCGGGCGGGCGAAUUAAUAAUAAAUUUAGAAUAUUUUUGUGUUGUGAUUUAUUCAUAUCCAGGAGGCUCUUAAUACACUUUAGCGGAUUUAUGGGAAAAAAUAAGGAAAUGGAUAUCAUCUAAACUCUACCUAUGCCGGGAAUACCUAAUGAUACUUCGAGAAAGUGAUCAUAAAUAAAAUUCAAACAUGAAACUCACAAACUUCUUUAUUAUCUUUUUCGUACUGGUGGAAGUUUAUGGACAGAGAAUUAGAACUGCUAACACGAAUCAAGAUGUAACAAAACAAGAACAAACCCAAGCACCCAGAGGCAGAGGUCGAUCCCGCUUUUCAUCUACAGAAGAACUUGCUCAGAUCCAAGAGCAAACCCCCCGCACCACCUCCAAUAGACGCGCCUCCACUAGAACCAGAAUACACUCCAACAAUCCCAAAGCAGCAGCAGAUCGACGUGCCAGACCUACAGAGUCGUCCACCUCUCGAGGAUACGCUGUUGAAGAAAUCAACAAUGACUCUCCGAUAGAAUCGUUUAGACGGCAGAGUAAAUCCAGAGUACUGCCCGACGAUAUUCCCACUGUUACCGUAGCUAGAAGACCGAUAGAAACGAGUACUAUAAACGCUGUACCUGUAGAAACUCUUGGCUUUGGAAGUACUGCAAGAGCAAUAUUGCAAGCAAGAGGACAGCCGUUACCAGUGCAAACUACCACUCCGGUGGUCAACGAGGAGUAUCUUCGAGCUAACUUUGGUAGUACUAUAAGAUCAUUGGCUGCUGCCGCCAGUAGAAAUUCCGCACCAGUACCAUCAAGGCGAGCACCAGCGCCUCAAAGGGCUGUAUUCCGCUCCGAAACUCCGAUUAUUGAUAGAGAUGAUAUUCCAUUGCGACGUACUUCUUCGAGAGGGGACCCUCUACCUUCACUGAGGGGCUCUGACGUUAACUUAGAUCGGAGUUCUGUAAGAAAUGGUGGUAGAAGCAGAAAUUCUGAGCCCAGGCCAACCGAGAUCAAUCCGGAACCAGAAAUUAAUAGUUCAGAACGAACCAUAGUAGAAGAUUUUGUUCGUAUUGAUCCUGAGGAGAAAGAACCACAAUUGGUAGAAGGAUUACCAGAACCACUUGAAACAAUUACCGAAUUACAAGCUUUUGAAACCGUUACAUUACUACCGGAAGAAAAUGAUGAUUUUAAAAAAACUUCUAAUGUAGAAGUGACAACAGCACGUACUACUUCCCUUCCAACUGUCAGAAGAGUGGUGGUCAAUAAUAGAAGAACUAACGGCAGAACUAGAACUCAAGAGGAACUAGAAGAAACAGUCUCCAGGGGUAGAGGAGGCUCCCGAACAAGAACAAGAAUAAGAACCGAAGAAGUUACAGCUUCGUCAAGAACAAGGGCAAACAGACGCCGAUUUGAUGAUGCGGAAGUGGCAGAGAGUCGGAAUAGAGGACCGUCAGUAUUCACUGCUGAACAGUAUGUAACACCUAGGUCGCGUACUGGAAGAAGAAUUGAUACUAGAUAUGAAGCAAUACCUCAGGUAGUUCAGUCAACUAGUGCAAGAAGCAGAAGUUCAGCUCGUAGAGUUGAAACUACUCCUCAACCUACAGAGAGUCCUAGAGGUCGUGGCAGGGGCAGAAAUUUUAACAGUGAAACAACGAUUACUACUACUACUACUUCGACCACUACAACUACUAGUAGGCCGAGUAGUAGAAGAAGCAGUAGAGUAGAAGACCCUGCCUUAAGCAGAAGAGAAAGUGUCGUCAGAGAAACAACUACAUCUUCCGGAAGAAGAACAAAUACUGCUGAUGAUAAAGUUGCAUAUACGAGAAGAUCUAGUAAUAGAGCCUUUAAUGAAGAAACUAUUCCAAGUAGAAGAAGAGGAAAUGUUGAAGAACGCGGCAGAGAAAGGAAUGUUCGUGCAAAAACGCCUUCACCUAAUGUUUCAGAGCCAACUGUAAGAAGCAGAAAUAGGGGAAGUAGAUCUGAAUCACUUGAGCUAAAAAAAGAAUCAGGUAGUAGAUCCUUAGAGGUAACUCCUGGACGGUCCAGAACUCCUUCAGCUAAACAACUAGAAAAUGUUGAACAAACUACUAUUUAUUAUGGUGAAAAAUCGCAAAGAACUGAGGCACCAGAAAUAACAACCAUUCUACCAACAGAAACAACUCUUUCAGUAAAAAAGUCUAACAUCAGAUCAAGAAGUCGCACUUUAAACCCUUUAAAAUUUGAUGAAUCUAAACUGGAAGUUUUACCAUUAUUUGAGCGUGAGAGUAAAUAUGUAAACUCAGCACGCCGAGGCCUCAGAUCAAAAGCACGUUUUGCUGAUGACCAUAUGGACGUUAGUGCUACGGAAAACGAUGUCAGAUUUGUGGAAAAACCGACUACAAAUGCCUUCACACGUAUGACCGUGACAAGAACCGAAAGUGUCGAAGCUAGUACUAGUAGAAUAAAGUUGAGUAGUAGAAUGGCUGUUAGUACCACUACCCCUAGUGCAAUUCAAUCUACAGAAGCCAAAAUAAGUCCUUCUGAAACUAUUACAAGAUUAGUAACAAAGGCACCUCCCAGGAUCAAAGAAACUGUGGUUUCUGAAAUAAAUCAAGUGACAUCAAAAAGUACCAUCACGAGAAAAAAGAAGGUGCCUAAGGCAAAAGUUAAUGAGGUUCUUUCAAGAGGGUCCAAAAAGUCCGAAGUAAAAUUAAGCAACGUGGUGAAGAAAAAAGGUUCAGAUGAAGACGUCGGAGAGGACGAUAACUAUCCAGAACCAUUCAAGGCGUUAAUCCAGGCUAAAAAAUUAAAGGAAGAGCCAAGGUCUUCUCCAAUACAAUCUGCAGCCAGAAUCACUACUAUGACGCCGCUCGUGAAGGUCGUAAAUACAGAACGGAUAUUCGUGACUUCUGGUGGUGCUUCAAGAAGUUCUUCGGCAAUCACGCCUGCCACGGUAGCAUCUAGGAAAUUGCAGAAGCUUAACGAAAUCUCAAACGAAAAUGAAAACGAACUUAUACCUAAACCACAAGCAGUUUCAACAACCCCUUUUACAACCAGACCAACCAGAGCUCGUCAACUACCAAAAUUCUCCGAAAAACCAAAAUACUCAUCAAAGUCUAAAGAAAAACUAUCUAAAGCUUCACCGAGAACCACACAGUCCCCAACAAAAUUUACAGCGAAAACCACUACAGCUCCUAGAAAGACUUAUUCAAGAAACAGUUCAGACUACCAUUCAAGAAGGAAGGUGUUGCGCUCUACCGCAGAACCUCCCUCCACCACCCCAAUAAACAUAAUUAAAGCCAACAAAUUCUCUGCCAAGUUUGUUAAGAAAGAAAGCAAAGAAAUAGGAAAUGCUGACAAGAAUGCACAGUCCAAGGGUGAAGAAAGAAUGGUUAAGCAGUUGGACGUAUCACUUAUUCAGAACGCAAAACCAAUUACACCAAUAAAAAAACCAAAUACAAGCCGCUAUAGUUCACGGUUCCGUAGCGACAUCUCCACGAGAAGUUCCGUAUUAAAAUCAACCACUAGCGCACCAUUCUACAUUCCUACGAUUCCUACACCCGCAUACGUACCAACAGUACCGACUGUCACGCCAUCUACAGUACCGGAGGAUGGUGUCGAAGCUGAAACCGACGAAUCCGGAUUACAAAUUAUCAGCUUCGACGUCCCCGUUAGAGGCGUACUGACAUCAGCUGAUUUGGUUAAUGGAGAACUGUUGACUACUGAUAAAAAUUUAAAGCUAUCACCUCUGGUCAAGGACGGCACCACAGAGAAACCCAUCUCGAUAAUCGAGAGGAUAAUAAAUUCGAUCACGCUGAUCUCGACCACUGAAGCGCCAAACAAUGUUAAUAAUCCAUCGACAACCACGGAAUCAACCGAGAACUCGGCCAUAUUGAAACUGGCCAACAAAAAACCGACCACAAAAGACAAGACUGACGUUCAGACUAACAUAAUCGAAACAAUAACCAGCGAAAAACCAACGACCAUUAUCGAGAAAAUUCGUAGUUCUUUAUCGGCCAUACAAACGAACGAAGUAGGUACCGAAGAUGUGUUUGUAAGCAGUUCCACCACUCCGCUGUCCACUGUUACUAAAUAUUCAGCCAAAUAUCGGGGUAGUUCUACUGCGCUUCCUGCACCAUUGCCUUUAAGCACCUCUAUCCCCCAUACCGAGAAUCAGGUUCUUGAAAAAAACACCAUUGGUAGACUUUUAAGUAUCUUAAACGGGUUGGUUUCUACUGAGUCACCAACUAGUGAAAAUCUAGUCGUGGUUACCCCUAAAACUUCUGGUUUCGUUGCAACUACUGUUUCUGCACAAGAACCUAUUGAAGCUAUUACUCUUGAUUCAACUUCUGCUUCAACCUCUGUAAAUACUGAAACUUUCACUGAUUCUUCUACGGAUAGUUUUGAAACGACCACUUUAAUGGUUGAUUCAACUACUGUUGACACUUUACCAGACACAACAACUCCAGCAUUAAGAUACACUGAAACACCUACAAGCGUAACACCAACAAGCGACUCUACUGAAGUACCUCAGUCCACAACGGCAUCAAUAGUGGAUCGUAUAGGUUCCACCAUCUACACUUUUUCAAGCAUACCUAACCACCCGAAUAUCAACGUGAGUCCUGGAAGCGUAUCUAUUUUUUCUGCUAACGACUUGUCUAACUUUAUUACCCCCGAUGAUAACCUGUUUAACACUGUUACUAUUGCCAGUAGAGUAGGAUUUGAAAAUAAUAUGCUAACUACUGAUAGUAUCAUAACGACCGAGGGUACCACUGAAAGUACUACUGCCUCAAUAACUACUGCCAAUUCAGAUAUUACUACCACUGAUAUAAUGAGUACUACUACCGAUGCUAUGAGCACCACCACCGAUGUAAUAAGCACUACCACAGAUCUAAUGAGUACCACCCUUGUUCAAGAUGAAACUACCACGAUGCUAAUACCCACUACCACUACUAUUAGCACUACCAUUAAUAACAGAUCUGGUAGGAUUUUAUCUAAUGACGUAGGCGCGCCUAUUGAUAAUAACAUAGACUCAGUCACUCCUUCCACCACCACUUCAACCACCCCAGACUAUUUUAUCUUUGCGGUUUUAAAUAAUAACACAAUAUUACGUAAAAGGCCUCCCACAAUACCUAAUAAGGAGACCCCGUUUAUCAUUGUCGGUCUAUAUCCGAACAAUACGCUUGUGAGGAAAUUCCCAAAUGGUACUUUGGUGCCUAUGGAUCCAGUAAUUAAGGUUAGAGGCUUUGAUACGCGACCGAAUCCCCCACCGUUGGUGGAAAUAACCAGUAACCAAGUAACAGAUACCAAUGCCAAUGGAAUGUCUACCCCGGAAGAUAAUAAUUCAGCCACGAUCGAAUCUAAUCGAAUGGCGCGUUUGCUUGAAAACGAAAAAACUAGUACGUCCCCCAUGACAACUAAACCUCCAGUUAGUACAACUACCAUUAGUAGUACAACCCCUUCCACCACUAACAUGCCUAGCACUACUUCUUCAGGAAGUGACUUGUCUAGCACGACCUUAGAGUCUAGCACCACUGAUUUACCAACCACUUUACCCCCUAGUACCACUGCAGCUCCGAAGGUGGAGAUCAUGGCAGUACCUGGGGCAACUAGAAUUAGUAAAUCCCAAACCACCACUAUGCCUAGUACUACCACUAGUGAAACGAGUACUGCUGCGAGCAGUUCGGAAACUAUUCCCUCCACUUUGGGAGAAAUAUUAAAUGGCAGAACCGUUGACGCGCUUAAUAAAAUUAUUAGUUCUGAGCCUUCUUCUACUACUACAAAUUAUAAAACUUUAGAGGUUAAUAAGUACAAUGAAGUACUAAACAUACAAGACUUGAUAAACCGAAACAAUGGAAACGUGGUGUAUCGUUGGAAACCGAUCACCAAGCAGGAAUAUAUGAGUAUUAAGGAUUCAAUUACAAGUACUAGCACCACUGCUAUGACUACAACAAUUUCCACAGAAUCGAGCACUAUAUCUACUACAGCACCAUCUAUUGAAACAGAUUCACCAACUUCUUCUUUUACACAGACCACAGAAAGUACCACCACACUAUUUCCCAAUACUCUAGAUACGCUUGUCUCCUCAACACUCGUAUCCACUUUAAUGCCCACAACAACAGAGACUAUAUCUACCACGUCGACUACGACUCAACCGACAACAACUACAGUGCCCACAACUACCAAGCCUCCGGUACCGAAAACUACACCUAGUAGUGCUGCAACAACUGCUAAAACGGUCCUCAGUACAACCAUGUUCCCUGUGUUUAGCCCCUCCACUAUAGUGCCCACGAUAUUAACCACCCUGUUUCCUAGCUUAAUGGCUAGUACUACUCCACAAUUUAGAAUUUCUAGUACUCGAAAACCGUUACCUAAUGCGGAGUUUACCAACAGUAUUACUGAUAAUUUUGAGGUUCUAUCGGCGGCCGGAAGCACAGCUCGACCAUCAACAGUCCUUCCUGAAUCUUCCUCGUCUCAAAAAAUAUCCACAACGACUACCACUACCCAAAGUACAACCACUUCUCAGACUACCACAACUACCACUACUCCUAAGCCUACAACUACCAAACCUAAGAGCACAACGGUAAUGAGCACUAAAGAUGAGACUGAUAAAAUAUUUGAUGAGUUGAAGAAAAGUGGGAAGCUGAAGAAUCUGAAUGAUGAGCAGCGGAAAAAUCUGGAGGAGAUCGAGAGAAUUGAGAAGGAACAAGCGGAACUGAUUAAGCAGUUGACGAUGUUAACAUCUAUGUUUGGAGGACAAAAAGGCAGAAAUCCCAAUUUGGCUUCAUUGGCCAAUCCUGUCGGAGGCAGCAGUAAUGCGCUUGCUAAUCGGGUUAUCUCUAUGGCAAUGCAACGCGAUAAAAAAUCUCAAUCAGAAUCUACCACUACCCAGAAAUCAACAACAAAACGACCAAACUCUAUUCAAGACCAAUUGCCUGUUAUCAGUGUAACGGAGGAAAGCAACCGAAAAACCACACCAUCUCUUGAGGAAAUUUUAAAACAAUAUAAUUUAGAAGGUUUAUCGACACAAUCGCCUCUUAGUUCAACUUAUGGUAAAACGGAUGAAGCACUGUUAGCCUCCAUUUUAAAAGCCCAGGGUAUUGGACCUACUACACCUAAAGCUUUAGGUGAUAAAGUAAAGGAGGCUGGUUUAUUUGAGCAAGCAACAUCAACAAAGAAACCAAAACCGAAACCUAAACCCAAAGCUGUAACCACCACAGCUAGACCAGCUUUGGGUGGACGACUAAUGCAAGGUUUGAACUGGUUGCUAGAUAUGCUCGAUCCGCCAACUACUAAAAAGCCUGCACCUAGGAAACCAAAAGCUAAGCCCGCACCAGCUAAACAAAACUCUGGAGAUGAGGAGCUGUUAAGUAAUCAGCCUACAAGGAUAACUCCUAUGAUCACUGCUGCUCCAGUUACAAAGCCUUCUUUGAGUCAGGAUGAAAUUAAGAGUCUUAUAAAGCAGCUUGAAAAUGUCCAAAAAAAUCCGAAUUCCGCUGGUCAAUUGGACUUUUCUAAAAUAAAAAGUCUACAAAAUCUGAUUGAAGUUAAUGAUGCAGUGGAGAUCACACAUACUGGUCAGCAUGGAGCUACGAAUAGAGGGACGUCUAGACCUCAAAAACCGAAAACUUCUACCGAAAAAGACCCUUUUCUACAAACAGUUAACAGAAAAGCAAAAUCUUCCACCAUAGCACCAAACUCUGUUAGUAAUAGUAUUGACGAUGAUGUGGAAAUUGUUUCAACAACAUCGCGUCCUCGUGGAAUGUCACCAGUUAGCUUAAAUCCCAUACAUGGAAUCGAUGAUCAGGGAGAUUCCAUGAUUAGAAGCAACCUAUUGACAGCUGCUGUAAACGUAACUAGAGCGAUAUCCAGCUUUAUCGGUUCUGCUUUCCAGGAUGCAACUCAUCAAUUUAGAGCCAUGUUCUCUAAUGGAUCAUCAGGGGUCUUAAGCACCCUUUCAGCAGGUUCUAGUAUUCCCAAUAUAUCUGCUGCUGCAAGCAGGGGCUCAGGCUAGAUCAAUUUUUUUAAAGUAAUAAUAUAUAUAAGGUGCCACCAAAGGAUUUCGUUCCUUAAUAGGAUCGGGUUCAUCUAUGGUCGGUAACAUCGCUCAAACUUCAAACGUUGCUGGUUGAAACAUGCCAUACUGUCAUCGUUAGUAAGUCGUGAAUAAAACAUUUUUUCAAGUGCAAUUAUUGGUUUUAGAGUAGAGAGUCGUAUUUAUUUUAAAGCCUUUAAAGACUUUUUUAAUGUACACUAGGGCAGUUGAUCUACAAUACUGAUCUUGCUUUAGAUGAUUUGUAUUUUAAGUUAGUUCUAGUUAUCGAUAUUGUUAGGAUGAUGCCAUGAGAAAAUAUCCCAGUUGAUUUGAGUUGCUUUAAAUGGAAAUUUGCUUUUUCUAGGAUCUUUUUAAGAGAUUUUAUUAAAAGUAAAUACACAUAUUUCUAUUAUAGGCCAUACACAAAGAUUCGUGAAUGGAACUAUUAAUUAAAUAUAACCAGCUAAACUUUAAGAUUAUUGUCGUAAUUGUGAUAAAUGUAUAACUUGCCACGUUUAAUAUUUAAGCUAAAUAUGUAUCGUCAAAAUUGUUUUUCAGUAGUGAUCUAUCUGUAUAUUACCACAUUUGUAUUAUUUUUUAGGCUUCUUUGUAAAUUAUUAAUUUUGCUUUUGCGACUAUGUACGAAUUUUGUGAAAAGUGUAAAUAAAUUGUAUACAAUAGUUUAAUA